UCUUCGGGGCGGGAGCAGACUUGGCCGGCUCGGGCAUAAUGACACAAUACUGGUAAAACCAAAACAAGAACUUGGUCUCCUCUUUUUAUAUAAUAGUUUAUGCGGCCGAGGUAGGGGGAAGGUCUCUGCUGAUUGGUGAUUAUCCGUGGAUGACGUCAGAUGCCAGUUUUGCCCAGUCAAAAUAGGUAUCCUGCAUAAUCGAGUCCUAUUGGUCUAAAUAAAAAUAAAACGUUAGCCAAUCGCACAGCUUCCUUUUCGCGCCCAGUAGAGGCUAUAAAAUGUACAUUUUUCUACUUUCAUCUCAAUCUUUCUUGACUGUGUAGAUACAGGCCUUUUGCCAUGUCUGGGCGUGGUAAGCAGGGAGGCAAAGCUCGCGCCAAGGCCAAGACCCGCUCAUCUCGGGCCGGGCUUCAGUUUCCCGUAGGCCGAGUGCACCGCCUGCUCCGCAAAGGCAACUAUGCCGAGCGGGUCGGGGCUGGAGCGCCGGUGUACUUGGCGGCGGUGCUGGAGUACCUGACCGCCGAGAUCCUGGAGCUGGCUGGCAACGCGGCCCGCGACAACAAGAAGACUCGCAUCAUCCCGCGUCACCUCCAGCUGGCCAUCCGCAACGACGAGGAGCUCAACAAGCUUCUGGGCAAAGUUACCAUCGCACAGGGUGGCGUCUUGCCCAACAUCCAGGCCGUGCUACUGCCCAAGAAGACCGAGAGCCACCACAAGGCGAAGGGCAAGUAG